CGGACCGGAAGUUGUUGGCCGCUUCUGCCACUGCAGCAAGUGCAGGCGAGCUUUCUUCAGCUAGGCUAACACUUUCCCCUCUCUCUCCCCACGACGUGUUUUUGUUUUGGCUCUUUUCUCACCGUCACGGAGAAACGUGAACACGUCCCGACAUGCGUGAAAGAUGAAGCGUGCAGCGGGAAUGAUUCACUUCACCGGACAAGCUAACGCGAAGCAAACCCGGAAGUGUUGUUGAAGGUAACGAGGUUGCUGCUGUAGCAUCGUUAGCCUGAGAGAUUAAAGCGAUGAAACGAGUCGCUGGUGCUGAUAAUCUCAUAGGAUGGACGGUGUUUUAUCAGGAUUACUGCUGGUCUUCAGCUCCCAGCGGCCACAGAAGACACGAUGAGUGCCAAAUAUGGGCUGGUGGGCUACAACAGUUCACGGAAGCACAUUUCAAUCUCCAUCCCGUCGUCCACGGAGGUGAUGUCACCGCACAUCAAGUCCGUGGAGGAGCUGAGAGUCCUGGGAAUCAACCUGAGCAGCUUCAGUUCCCCCACACAGUUCUUCAUCUGCGUGGCCGGAGUCUUUGUCUUUUACCUCAUCUAUGGAUAUUUGCAGGAGUUGAUAUUUUCUGUGGAAGGAUUUAAGCCUUUUGGUUGGUACCUCACUCUGGUCCAGUUUGGCUUCUACUCCAUGUUUGGACUAGUGGAGCUUCAGCUCACACAGGACAAACGCAGACGGAUACCAGGGAAGACCUAUAUGAUCAUAGCAUUUCUAACAGUGGGCACAAUGGGGCUGUCUAAUACCUCUCUGGGCUACUUGAACUACCCGACACAGGUCAUCUUCAAGUGCUGUAAACUCAUCCCAGUUAUGAUUGGAGGAGUUUUUAUACAAGGUAAACGCUAUAAUCUGGCUGAUGUGUCUGCUGCUCUCUGCAUGAGUCUGGGACUCAUCUGGUUCACACUAGCUGACAGCAAAGUGGCACCCAACUUCAAUGUAACAGGUGUUCUCCUCAUCUCCCUGGCACUGUGUGCAGACGCCGCUAUUGGAAACGUGCAGGAGAAAGCCAUGAAACUCCAUAACGGUUCAAACUCUGAAAUGGUGUUGUACUCGUACUCCAUUGGUUUUGUCUACAUACUGACAGGCCUGCUCUGUGUGGGUGGACUCGGUCCAGCAGUGGCAUUCUGCUCAGAGCAUCCUGUGAAGACGUACGGUUAUGCAUUCUUCUUCUCUCUAACGGGUUAUUUUGGCAUCUCCUUCGUGCUGGCCUUGAUCAAGCUCUUUGGUGCCCUGGUUGCAGUGACAGUUACCACCGGGAGAAAGGCCAUGACUAUCAUACUUUCCUUCAUGUUCUUUGCGAAACCUUUCACUUUCCAGUACAUCUGGGGCGGCCUUCUGGUGCUCUUCGGCAUCUUCUUGAAUGUUUACAGUAAAAACAGAGACAAAAUGAAGCUUCCCUCUUUUAAGGAUCUCAGGAGCUUGCUACUGGCAGGAAAGAAAGUUCGAUUUCUCUCACAAAACGUAUAGAAGGGCACCUACAGGCAUAGCGGAAGUCCUGCGCUGGCGGACCGUACUUCUGCUCUGAUGUAGAGUUGGCCCACCUGCCUCAGGGGAUAUGCUGAAGCACGUUCCCGCGGACCUACUCAGAGACUCAUCGCCACCAACACUGAGCCAAGGAUGGGUAUACAAGGUCAGACCACCAGUCGGCCUCAAAAACAGCUGAUACGCGAUUAAACUAAGAUUGGUGAUCUGUCUACCAGUACGCCAUUGGUGUAGAACUGACUGAAAUUACUCAAACUCUCUGCAGCCAACUGAAGGAACUGUUUUUUUGUUUUUAAUAAGAGGAUCAAUGCUAAUGGGCUCUUUUUAAAGCAGUGCUUCAGAGCCUCACAGGAACAUUCCCGACACGGAAGACAACACUGAGGACUUUUGAGACUUAAGGGAAGCCAGCGCCUUAGCUAACCAAAUCGCACAGUUUUGCACUGGAAAUUACUUGUACACUUCAAACCUUGAGUGGUUGGAAAAAAAAUACGGAAAUGUUGGAAGAAAAGAGCGACAUGUUAUACACUGUCAUAUCUGAACGUGAACAUGAAUGUUUUGCCCCCCCCGCCACACACACACACACACACACACACACAUACACAUAUACACACACUACAAUAACAUAAUCUUCAUUAAAAAGGCAUAUUUGCCUCCGCAUGUGCCAGGAACAAAAACUUUGUUACAUAAUCAUUGUCUGAUAAAAGUGGCUUUUUUUUUUUUUUCAUAGUUUAUUGGUAAUUUAUAUCGGACCGUGCCCUGUUUCAUUAAAAAAUGUGGGUACAAUGUGAUCAUGUGGUGACAUUUUGGGAAAAUACGGAGACACUUGCUCCUGUGUACAUCAAUAUAUCAAAAAAUGUCAACUGCCAUAAUUUGCUAACCAAGUGUUUUGGUGAAAGGGUACCACUCUUUUUACAUUAAAACAACUGAGACAAUUCUC